AUGCAGCUUGGCAGUGAAAUCGUUUACGAGGACUUUCAAGUCGCUGCCCCUGUGCAUUGGAUGGCUCGGGUUUGGAAAUAUUGGGUCUUCCUGUCAGACAAAGAUGUACAAUCCAUUGUGUCUGAGGCUCAAGAAAAUGAUACGGAUACCGAGCAAGAGUUUCAGAAGCGAGCGACAACGUGGCAACAACGUGACAAGCGUGGGAGGCACCUGAAUGAUGAAGACCUGAAUGAUGAAAUUGAAUAUAUCAUUCGAGGACGAAAGCGUCGGCGGACAGAAAGUUUGUUGACGACUAAAAUCAAUCCCGAGCAGCUGGAGCGUUCGUUCGAUGUGCUGCUGCUGCCGGAUGUAAUGGAGCGAGUUUGCUCCAUUAUGAGUGGAACGCGACUUUGCCGAAUGACCCUGAUGGGUCGAGUUUUGCAGAGCUAA